AUGGUUGACAUUUUUGCCGGUUUGACUACACCCUGCUACGACAUCGCCUUUUGGUUGUUCAGAGGCAUCGUCGAGAAAAUUCAAUGGGACCGGAAGAGAAGAGCGAAGCAAUGUGGAGAGAUCCCCAGCUAUCCUCAUUGGGAUCCCUUCUUUGGUCUCGAUGUCGUGCUCGGAAUGGCCAAGUCCCUGAAGAACCAUUACUUCCUGGAUUGGCUCAACUGGGUGCACAAGAACCGGCCAAAGACGUUUCUCGUCAACUUUGUUGGCACUCGCUUUAUUUGGACCAUCGAGCCGGAGAACAUGAAGAGCAUGUCGGCUUUCACAUGGAAGAGCUUUGGCGUGGGCCCGAUGCGACGGAACAACAAGGCGACGCACCCGUUUGCCGAUAUUGGCGUGAAUACUGUGGAUGGAAAGGAAUGGGAGUUUGCCCGGUUCUUGAUUAAGCCGUUUUUUAUGCGAGAGAAAUACACCGACACGAAGAGACUAGAAAAGCACGUCGAUCGCCUCUUUUCGCUUCUCCCUGAAGAAGACGGUGUGACUGUUGAUGUCCAGCCUCUAAUCCAACGAUGGUUCCUAGACGUCGUAACUUUUCUUCUUUUCGGAGAGUCGCUCGAUUCAUUGGUCUAUCCAGACCGCGCUCAAAUUUGCUGGGCCAUGGUCGAUGUCUUGAGAGGAUUGCGUCUCCGCUUGCAAUGGUACAAGUAUCUGUUCCUUUUCAAACACCAGAAUUGGCUGGAUUCUGUUUCAGUCGUACACAAAUAUGUCGAUAGCCACAUCACCCGCACUUAUCAGGAGAUGGAACAGAUUGACGAACUCAAAUCCAAAGGCGUGGAUAUCAAGGAUGAGCGCACAGACUUGCUCUGGUGGAUGGCUCGCAAUCUCAAGGACCGAGAGGAGCUCCGUUCGCAGAUGUGCUUGAUCUUUGUUCCCAAUAACGACACUACAUCGAUUUUCAUUAGCCACAUUAUCUGGAACUUGGCACGCCACCCAGACAUUUAUGCGAAAUGUCGUGAAGAGGUCCUCGCUUAUGGAGAUGGAGAAUUGACGUUUGAGGCGCUGAGAGGAAUGAAGUAUCUGAACGGUAUUCUCAAUGAAACACACCGACUGUACCCCAAUGGCGUAACACAGGUUCGCAAAUGUCUCGAAGAUACAGUUCUGCCCACAGGAGGCGGUCCAGACGGGAAACAGCCAAUUUACGUCCGCAAAGGUGAUGUCGUGCAAGUCAACAAGAACGUGCUCCACAGAGAUCCCGAGAUCUGGGGCGAUGAUGUGCUGGAAUUCAACCCUGAUCGAUGGCGAGAGUUGCGUCCCAUGUGGAACUUUGUUCCAUUCGGCGGAGGCCCUCGAAGAUGCCCAGCACAAAUGUUGGUCACAGCCGAGGCCAGUUAUGUGAUUGCACGGAUAGCACGGAGGUAUGCUAGAAUUGAAUCUCGCGACCCGAGCCCUUAUGUUGGAGUAAUGCGAGUCGGCCCAUCGAGCAAGACGGGGGUGAAGAUUGCUCUUUACAGGGCUUGA